AUGAGUUAAAGUGAUUUCAUGGUCUAAAUUGAUGUAAAAUACUAAUGCUCAAAAGGUUGUGAUAAGCAAUUGGAAAUAAAUUCAUUUAGAAACGGUGAUCCUCAUGAUUUUAUAUUAGAAACUGUGUCAACAAAUGAUGGAGAUAAUGCUGAGAUGGCAUUUGCGUGGACACCUUGUCUCUCAAAUAUAACAGAUAAUUUGACACUUCAGAUUAGAAAUUUGAGAGAAUCUGUGAAUGUUAAAGUUGCCUAUUAACUGUUGCAAAUCUAAUAAUUUAGUUUUGCCUGUAGCUACUCAAUUCUUCAACCAGAAAGCAGAUAAUUCCAUGGAUUUACCUACCAGUAAAAUGGUGAUGCAUGGCUAUUUGGUGGUAUUAAUAAUAAGAACCAGACCUUAGGAGAUUUUUGGAAACUUGAUACAGAUUCAAUGUCUUGGGAACAUAUAAGCUAGACUUAAAUUGACUCUUCAAAAAUAACAUUUGAAAGUUUUCCAGAAGCAAGAUAUGGCCAUAUAAUGGAAACUUAUUAUGACUACAUAAUUUUAUUUGGGGGUAUCAACUAAAAAAGUUAAUGGCAGAAUAUCAAAACUUAGAAAUCAUAAAUUUCUGCAAACAAGGUAGCUUAUGCUUCUGGAAAAGUUGCUGAACAAGAAGGUUAGUUAUAUAUCUUAUGUGGUAAGACUACUAAUGGUCCUACAAAUGAAGUCUGGAGGCUAGAUUUAGAGAAAGUCAUACAAUAUGUCGAGAAUCCCCUCAGACACUUAAAUAAAACUUAAAUUUGGUCUCAAAUAGCACUUGAGACUCCCCUAAGAAGCAGAUAUGGACAACAAUCUGAAUUCAUUUUUCCAAAUACAAUACUAGUAAUGGGAGGAAUAGGUGAGAAUCAAGAGAAUAUUUAAGAAAUAUAAUAAAUUUAGCUAAAUGAACUAAAGGUAUAUUCAGUGAAGAAAAAGUUCUCUGGUGAAUUUCCAGAGCCAAGAGCUUUCACAGAUAUGACUCAUAUUAGUGGGGGUAUGCUAGUUCUAUAUGGAGGUUAAAACUCUCAAAAUCAAAUAUUUAAUGAUUACUGGCAUUUGAAGCUUGACAUUUAAAAUCAUUAGAUAGAAGCUUUUCAAAUAUAAUAAGAAGAUUAUUUAACACCUAUUGGGAAAGCCCUUCAAAUAAGGCUUACUCCGUAGAUUAUCAUUCAAAAAAAUUAAGAUUUACCAAUUAUUUAUGGCUCCUCUAGACCAUAAUAUUAUUUUGAUAGCUCUGAUCUCUUAAUGGUAAAGGAUUAGAGAUGCAUAUCUACACAAGAAUAAGAAUCUUUAAACUGCAUUCCCUGUGGAAUAGGAUCUUAACUAAAUAAUAAAACAUGCCAGCCAUGUGAUCUGAAUAGCUAUUGGGUAUUUGAUUAACAAGUUGGAUCAAGAUGUGAAAUAUGUCCAGAUGGUACAGAGCGAUCUCAAAAUUAAGUUUUUGGAUGCGAUCCUUGUUAAGCAGGGUUUUUUUACAAAAAUUCAACAGUAAGAUGUAAAGCCUGCAAAUUAGAUGAGAUUUGCCCUAUUGCUAGUGCAACUGCUUUCCCUGAAAAUCUUGAACCGGAGUUCUAAAAGAUUACUCAUAGAAAUGACCCUCCUCUCUACCAAAAUACUUCAUAAAUGAUAGGAACAUGUGUAUUUUUUAAUCAAAGGAAAACAAUCAGAAGACUAUACACUUGGGAUUUUAUUCCCAUAACUAGUGGUACUAAAUAAAAUUUUGUUGGGGGUAUAAUUACAGUCCUCUAUUCUAUGACAAUUAUUAUUCUAGUAUCUGGAAUCAUUAUUAAAUACUUAUUUUUCAACAAGAGAAUCGAGGGAACCUAAUUAGCAGGAUUUGAAAAAACUAAAGAUAUUCUUGUAUCAUAUCAACUAAGUUUAUAGCUUUAUGCCUCUUAAUAUUCUGAAAGACCGUUCGACAUUUGCGAUUUAUCGCAAUCCUAUCUUAAUCUAACUUCAUCAUAUCAUUAUGAGACGGCAAAAAUGAAAAUUAAGUGUACUCAGCAAUCUUAUGACCCACUAGGUAAAAUAGGCUAGAAGAGAGUUAAGGCGUAGAGUCUUUUAUAUAAUAUCAAAAUUAUCUGCGAGGAUUGUGUAAAGAAAGAUCCUACCAACUCUCAUAUUGAAAUAGCUAUUGGCUAGCUUAAUGAAUUUGAAAAGUAGAGCUUUUAUAUUCAUUUCUUCCAGUGGGAAUUCAGUAGUAUCUGGUCAAAAGAAGUUGAUGAAGCAGAAUAGUGCGAGGGUUGUUCAUAGGUAAUAGGGUUUACAACACCAGAUUCAUCAGACCAAUAAGAUUUCAAUUUCUAGGAAACAUUUAGAGGUGACUAACCAACAGUGGUGAGCAUUUUGCUCACCCCCACAUUUUAUUAGAAUAUGAUUGAUGAAAUAGAACUCACAGGUUACAGAGCUCAUCUCUAGAAUAUUGAAAAAGGGUAAACUGUCAAUUAUAGACAGGCAAUGAAGAUUGAUAAUCAAACUCUCAGGUAGACAAUUGGCCAUUCAGAAGUUAAUGACUAAUUUAAAAUACAAUUCUAAAUGAGUCUCUCUUCAAACAUCUAUUAGAUCAGAGUUAUAUAGUUGAAAAAUAUUCUAGAGGCUUUGGCAGAGGUGAUGGGAUUCUUAGCAGGUUUUUCAUUUAUUGCGAGAUUUAGCAAGCACAUCCUAGUUGCAAAUAAAGUGGGCAAAAUAUAUGAUAAGUAAAUCGAGGAUCAUAUGGCAAAAGUGUAGCAAAUUAAGAAUGACAAGAUGAGUGAAAUAAGUCUAUCUAGUUCCCCCAAAAAGAAUGUUGACAUUUAUCUCAAUGGAGUUAAAUAGGUAAGUUCUUAGCGAAGAGAGGCAUCUACUUCACCGUACAGAAUAAGAAAUAAGGCUGCUAGUGAAUAUGAUGCCAACUUGCAAUUUGGCUUAAACCCUAUCACUGAUAGAAACAAAAACAAAGAUUCUUAAUUUAAAAGAAAGAAAUACGACAAGAAUGUAGCAGACUCAGAACAAAGUCCAGAAAAAGAAUCCAAUUUGAGCGUCAGAGCCCCAGAAAGAAACUAAGUAAUGACAAGAACAGAAAUUCCUUAAUAAAACUAGAAAAAUAAAUUUGGCAGUGAUGAUGACGACGAGAUUGAGGACAAUUUCAAAAUUUUCUAUGGAGAUUUAAGACAUAAGAGGGUAUGA